AUGCGACCGUCUUCUGCGUAUCUUCUCGGGCUCCUCGGAGCCGCAACGGUCGCGUUUGCUAGACAUACCGAGCCCAUAGAGUCGAAUACCGUAUCUUUGACGAAAGCGACAUUCCAUAAUUUCAUAGAAGAGCAUGACUUGGUUCUGGUCAACUUCUACUCGCCGUCGUGUUCCCACUGCCGUCGGUUGGCCCCAAAGUACGAAGAAGCAGCCACGGAGCUGAAAGAGAACAACGUUCCUCUGGCCAAGGUGAACUGCCUGGAAGACGCAGAGUUUUGCCGAGAUAUGGGUGUCACCUAUUAUCCUAAAAUGGAGGUUUUCCGUGGCCUCGAGUCGCGUGAACUAUACCGUGGCGAACGCACAACUGAGUCGAUCGUCGCAUUCAUGAUAGAUGAGUUUAUGACUGAUGGCUCUGGGGAAGGCCUUUACUAUCAAGCCUCUGCUUAA